GGCAGCCAGCGAGCAUCUUCAUUCCUAUCAUUAUGGGCAAGAAACACAAGAAGCACAAGGCGGAGAAGACGGAAUGGAGGUCUGCGCCCGCCCCGGCAGUGGCCGCCGCUGGACCCGGCGCCGCCGCUUAUGACGAUUACGUAGAUAAACCCUUGGAGAAGCCGCUGAAACUGGUGUUGAAAGUCGGAGGAAGCGAAGUGACUGAACUUUCAGGAUCAGGGCAUGAUUCCAGUUAUUAUGAUGACAGAUCAGACCAUGAAAGAGAGCGGCAUAAGGAGAAGAAGAAAAAGAAAAAGAAGAAAUCUGAUAAAGAGAAAGAAAAGCAUCUUGAUGAUGAAGAGAGACGAAAGAGAAAGGAAGAGAAAAAAAGGAAAAGGGAGAAGGAGCAAUGUGACACAGAGGGUGAGACGGAUGACUUUGAUCCUGGAAAGAAAGUAGAAGUUGAACCGCCCUCUGAUCGUCCUGUCCGGGCCUGUAGAACUCAACCUGCAGAAAAUGAGAGCACACCUAUUCAACAAUUAUUGGAACAUUUUCUUCGCCAGUUACAGAGGAAAGAUCCUCAUGGGUUCUUUGCUUUUCCAGUCACAGAUGCCAUUGCUCCUGGAUAUUCAAUGAUAAUAAAGCAUCCCAUGGACUUUGGCACUAUGAAAGAAAAAAUUGCAGCAAAUGAGUACAAAUCAGUAACAGAAUUUAAGGCAGAUUUUAAACUGAUGUGCGAUAAUGCAAUGACAUACAACAGACCGGACACUGUGUACUACAAACUGGCCAAGAAGAUACUCCAUACGGGCUUUAAGAUGAUGAGCAAAGAACGACUGUUAGCUUUGAAGCGCAGCAUGUCGUUUAUGCAGGACAUGGAUUUUUCUCAGCAGGCAGCUCUUUUGGGCGAUGAAGACACGGCUGUUGAGGAGCCUGUGCCCGAAGUUGUUCCUGUGCACGUAGAGACUACCAAGAAAUCAAAAAAGCCAAGUAAAGAAGUGAUUAGUUGUAUAUUUGAACCAGAAGAAAAUGCUUGCAGUUUGACAGACAGCACAGCUGAAGAACAUGUCUUGGCUUUGGUGGAACAUGCAGCAGAUGAAGCUCGGGACAGGAUCAAUAGAUGUCUUCCAAACAGCAAGAUAGGCUACCUGAAAAAGAAUGGUGAUGGUUCUUUGGUCUUCAGCGUAGUCAACUCAUCGGAUCCAGAAGCAGAAGAGGAAGAAACCCAUCCAGUGGAUCUGAGUUCUCUAUCAAGCAAAUUAUUACCUGGUUUCACAGCAUUGGGUUUUAAAGAUGAAAGAAGGCACAAAGUUACAUUUCUUUCAAGUGCCAAUACAGCACUUCCGAUGCAAAACCACUCUAUCUUUCAUGAUCUGAAAGCAGAUGAAAUGGAACUGCUGUAUUCUGCAUAUGGGGAUGAAACUGGAAUUCAGUGUGCCUUAAGCUUGCAGGAAUUUGUGAAAGAUUCUGGAAGUUACAGCAAAAAAAUUGUGGAUGAUCUGCUAGAUCAGAUCACUUGCGGGGAUCAUUCUAAAACUAUUUACCAGCUGAAGCAGAGGAGAAACAUUCCAAUGAAGCCACCAGAUGAAGUCAAAGUUCCUGCAGUCCUUAUAAAAGAAGAACACAAAUUGCGCAAUACUUGCCCAGAUGCCUCCAAGCAGAGUAUUGUUGGAGAAGCCAUAGGAGACAGUACUAGUUCUGUUUUGGAUUUUUUGUCUAUGAAGCCAUAUCCAGAUGUGUCACUUGAUAUAUCCAUGUUGAGUUCAUUGGGUAAAGUAAAGAAGGAGCUUGAUCACGAAGAUAAUCAUUUACAUUUGGAUGAAACAACCAAAUUACUACAGGACCUUCAUGAAGCUCAGACUGACAGAGUAGGAUCUAGGCCUUCCUCUAAUCUCAGUUCCCUCUCUAAUGCAUCUGAAAGAGAUCAGCAUCAUUUAGGAAGCCCUUCGCAUUUAAGUGUAGGAGAACAACAGGACAUGGUCCAUGACCCCUAUGAAUUUCUUCAGUCUCCUGAACCUGCAAAUGCCAAUAACAACUAAUCUCACAUAUACAGUAUUGUAUAUUUUAAACUGUGUAACAUUUUACAGAGUUCCAUCAAACAGUAUGCAUUUCACUUUGUUCUCUUUUGUAUGAGGAUUGCUGUGUAAUAAUGCUCGUACCACAUAUUUGUAAAUUUUAUUUGGGUAAUAAGUAUAUCAUGGUAUCUGCGCCAUAGCUCAUACAAUAUUUUAGGGGUGUGUAUAAUAGAUCUAAAGAAGCAGUUGCAAAUUACGUAUUUAAGAACCCUUAUUUAUAAAAAAAAAUUGCUAACCAGCUGUCUAUCAUGCUGUCAAUCAUUAAAAGUUUUAUACUUUGUGUGCAACUAUGACCGUACUGAAGCUCCUCUAGGAGGAUUUUUCAGUGAUAAUACAGGUUUCACAACUAUGGAUUUGUGUGUGGUGGUAUUUUUUCAUUUUCUCCUCUUCCCCCAGUUGUUCACUGUGGAGUUGGGCCAGAUUAAAAGAGAAAGUUAUGAAUUAAAUUUGGAUGUCAAAAAAAUAAAGUCAUUGUACUGCUGAGAACUUUGCUUCCAGACAUUCAGCCUCUGCCAUCCAGAUUUUAAAAAUGUUUUGUGUAUAUGGGUGUAAUUGUACCUGCAGAAAGGGUAAACAUUUGUGUAGUUUUUAAAUGAAGUAUUUGAAAUUUUAUAUUGAAUGAUUUUUUUUAAACAAUUGAUAUUAUGUGUAACCUAGAAUUAUUUGUUGUUCAUUAACAAUACUGUAAAUAUUAAUAAAAGUCCAAAAAUUUACUUGUAUGCUGGUGUUUCCAGUACA